AUGGAUAACUGUGAAUGGAGCGAGUUCUGUGAACAAAACUUCGCAGUAGACAGUGAGGACAGUGAUGAUCCUUCCAUAAAUCCCUUGCGGCGCAAGAUGAAGAAAAAGACAAUCCAGGACACUUUUAACUGCUGCUUGUUAUUCGGAGGAUUGUGGUCAAUGAUUUCCGGGAUUGUGAUAAUCUCAGUAGGAGCUGUGGUUCAAGCCACAUAUCACAAAUAUGAGCCAAUCCUUGAUGACAGCUUCUUUUCUGUACCAGCUCUUCUCAUUGCAACUGGCUCCAUUAUCCUUAUUAUCUCCUUCUUUGGAUGCUGCGGUGCUGUUAAGGAGAACCAUUGCAUGACUAUUACCUUUUCAGUGUUGUUGGUGUUGAUAUUCAUUUUGGAGCUGGCAGCAGGCAUUGCAGGAUAUGUUCUGAGAAAUCGUGCAGAGGAUGUACUACAGACACACUUGAUGGAAACUAUGAACCAGUAUGUAGAAAAUACUGAAUACACUUCUCUAUGGGAUGGUAUGCAACGUGAGUUUGAGUGCUGUGGUGUUAAAAACGCCUCUGAUUGGAAUGUCGUUUUUCACAACGAGAGUUUGCCCACUUCCUGCUGCUUUGGCUUGCCUGGGUCUGUUGGUGGAAUGAAUUGUACUUCAACAGAUGUAAAUAAUGUACAUUCGGAAGGUUGUUUGGUCAGAAUGGGCGAAUUCAUUACAAACAAUGCAGUGGCUUUGGGUGGUGUGGGAAUAGGUAUUGCUGUAGUGCAGUUCUUGGGAAUUGUGUUAGCAUGCUGUCUGGCUCGAUCCAUACGUCAACAUUAUGAAACUGUCUAGCUGCAGGCCCCAGUGCACUGGAGGCGGAGGUCUCGAGAGAGACCAAGAGAUUGUUACAGUGUACGAGAUCGUGUUUGUAACACUUGAAUACUACGUGAAUAUUGAUUGUGCGUAUAAAUAUAUUUUACCAAGAUUCAUAUACAAUGUGAUUGUUUCUGCAUAUAAGGAAGAAACUCUGUCCAAGUUUUUUGAGAGAUGUUAAAGGUAGAGUAGUUUUAUAUCGAAAUUAGUAUGAAGGAAAUGGAUGGGCUUGAGAAGAGUGCCAUGUUAAUAAACUACUGCUCAGUGGGCUUGUAUCUCAUCAUGAAAGGAGAAAAUAAAUCAAGACAGUGUUCUACUUGUAAAAAAUUUUUUCAUAUUCCUGAUCUACAUUCUACAUAAACAAAAAUUCAAUAGAAAACAAAGUGUAAAAACUGAAGAAUAUUGUAUAUUAGGAAAUUCUAGGUCAAAUAAAAAUAUUUUUGUCAUAUUUUUUAAGAAAUUGUCUUAGGAAAUUUAUCUGUGAUGGAUUUCCUUGUAUUUGUAAUUCAGUAAGUUUGCUUGAGAAAUCUAGAGUUCAAAUACUAAUUGUCCUAAGUGUUGCCUGAAUCCUCUGUAGGUAGUACGCUUUUUGUAAUUGGGACAUAAGUACUACUUCAGGCAUCACAUUUGACAUCUAUAAUCAUUGUUAGUGUGACGUUGCCUUUGAAUAUUGUAAUUUGGUGUACUGCAAGCAGGGCAGACCAAAGCCAAGUAAAAACGUUUAAUCAAACAGUUUGCUGGGAGCGUUCAAAAGUAUUUCGAUCUUGCUGCAAAUACAUUGAAAAAUAGUGGGUCUGGUUAGUCCUGCUUCAGAAGAUCUUUACACAGUUAAAAAUGUUAGAUUAAGAUGUUUCUAUAAAGUUAAGAAUUGGUUUGAUUUCUUUCUUCCUUUUUUUAACUGAAUUAAGAAAAUUUUUAUAGUGUUGUUUUAGAAUAGAAUUUGAGAAGUUAAAAAACAGGUCAGUUAUUUCAUGGGAAUUAAAUUAUAAUUUUGUGGAGGGAGAAUGAAACAGUUUUGGAAAGAUGUAACGAAAAAAAACCACUGCUUAUAAACAAAUCUGAGUAAAAGUAUCAAAUUCUUUAUUUCCUUUUAGCUUUCAUAGAGAAUUAAAUGUGAAUAAUAAUAAGUCCUACAUUAUUUCAUUAAAAUAUGAACAACAUAAAUUAUGUAAUUAAAGUGUAAUCUGAAAUGACAGUGUAGUUAUUGAACAUAGACUUUAAGACACUCUUGUAUUGUACUUGUCUAGUUCUAUGAAAUUACAGAUACAUAACAUGCUUGAAGACUACUAUUAAUAAAAGUAUGUUUUGAUCAUGGAAUGAUGAGAGUACAGUUUUUGUAAAUUAAACAAAGAACAGUUUAUCAGUAACAAUCAGCUAAUAUCAAUGUGCUAAAACCAAUUUCUCAAGAUCCUAUAAUGCAAUUUUUAGUAGACUAAACCAGUGAUGACUGAAUAGGUUUAAUCAAAUGAUGACUGUUGUUUACAAUUAUAUAGGUAAAGAGCAUUAUACAGGCACACCACUGACUGUUAAUGUUUGUAAAAGAGAAGCAAUAAAAUAAUUAACUCGACAUCAUCAGGAAUGAAAUUCUAUUCAGAUCUUUAGUGGCAACUUUGAUUUUGAUUUAAAGGAAUGCUUCACCCUUUUUUCAUUCAACCAAAAUAUUUCAAAAAUAUGAAAAUUAACACAAGUAAAAUAUUCCAAAUAUGCAUAUUUUAAGAGCAUGGUUUUGUUAUAUAUUUAAUUUAAAAGUUUAUAGUAUGCUUGAAGAACCAUGUACACUGUCUUUUGAAAGCCUCUUCCAUGUCAGAUCCCAAUGUUGAAAAUACAACAAUGCUCUAAAGGAAAAUUCUCACACAAAAGUGUGCGAAAUGCUGUACAGACUUGUUUCAGACUUCAGUGUUUGGAGAUUGGUUUUAAAAUAAUUUAUCUAUUGAAUCUUUAUAAAAAAAAUUUGUAUACAUUUAAUUCUAAAUAAAAUACAGCAAAUGAAUAACA